UUUGAUAGAAAGAAAACAGAAAUGCAAAAACAUAAGCCGUAAAGGCAGCUGCUUAGAAAACUAUAUAUUAUUCGUGAUUGUACCUUCUAUAUAUGUACAUACUAUAUAACAACAAACACUGAUGGUCAAAGAACCGAACAAUUUAUUUACAAGUGAUUAAAUAGCAAAGCUGCUAAAUUAUACACUCAUUACAUUUCAUAAAUUAUACACAUACAUACCUGAAAUAAGUGCAACUCACCCGAAUCGAGAAUCGGACACUGCUAUUUUACUAUCUACAAAAUAACUAAUUUCUACUGUUCUAACGAGUUGAAAUCCAUGACUACUAGCAUUUUUCCGACAAACAUUGUUCGCGAAACAUAGUACGGAGUUGUGAAAUUAACCUAGUAAAGGCAUAUAGAAGUUUCUUGAAAUUCAUAAGCUAAUAUACAUAAGUAGUUUGCUAAUCAAUCUAUAUUGACAGUACAAACUAGUAUACGCAUAUUCAUUUAUAUUGUUAAGUUCGAUAUAGACGCCUAAAUUUUUAGUGGUUGGUAGCAGAUGCAAGAAACUUUAUAAAUAGCAAAACGAUCUCCGCCUUUGGUAUUGCAUUAACUAAAACAAAAUAUAAUAUAAAAAAACAGGAAAGAAAAUAAUUGAUGUCAACGUCAUUCUUGUGUAAAGAUUUGCUUAAAGGAGAUUAGAAAAAUGACAUUGGCUACGGGGAGUUUGGAACAACCGCAGUCACAUUGCGACGGCAAUUACAUAUUAGAUCAAAACACUAUGGACGUAGAGGAACGUAAAUCCUCGAACUUCUGGCUGUUUAGAGUAUUAUUUAACUGGACUUCUAGUUCGUCCAUAAUGUUACGGGCUGUGGAAAAAAAGAUUUUAUCCUUUCUUAAGACGCCAUAUCGUGGUUUCUUUGUAGAUAUUGGACCCGCCAUUGGUGAAGCUGAUAAAAUAUGGACAAUCAGCUUAAACACAGAAUCUAAAGAGAUACCUUUGGUUUUGCUACAUGGACUAGGUGCAGGUGUUGCUAUGUGGGUAAUGAAUUUAGAUUCAAUUGCCAAAGAUCGCCCUGUAUACGCUAUGGAUGUAUUGGGUUUUGGUCGCAGUUCACGACCUGGUUUUUCGAAUGAUGCACUUAUUUGUGAAAAACAGUUUGUCAAGUCAGUAGAAGAGUGGAGACGUGAAAUGAAUAUUAAUAGAAUGGUACUAUUAGGCCAUUCAAUGGGUGGUUUCAUCGCUUCUAGUUAUGCGUUGUCAUAUCCCGAGAGAGUUCAUCAUCUUAUAUUAGCUGAUCCAUGGGGAUUUGCAGAAAAGCCUUCAGACGUAAAUAACAACCGUCAAAUUCCCUUGUGGGUGCGCGCUAUAGCAUAUGCUCUAACACCUCUGAAUCCUCUAUGGGCGUUACGUGCUGCUGGGCCACUUGGUCAAUGGGUUGUGGAAAAAACUCGACCGGAUAUUACGCGCAAGUUUGCAGCCGCAGUGGAAGAAGACAAUAACCUAUUACCACAAUAUAUUCACCAAUGUAACGCACAAUCACCUUCAGGUGAGUCGGCCUUCCACAGUAUGAUGUCUUCGUUUGGAUGGGCGAAAUAUCCGAUGAUACAUAGAGUUAAAAAUGUUCGGGCGGACAUUCCUAUAACAUUUAUUUAUGGUUCGCGUUCAUGGAUUGAUUCGUCUUCAGGAGAAAAAAUAAAAGCGCAACGGGUCGAUUCAAAAGUGGAUAUUAAAAUUGUAGCCGGUGCGGGACAUCACGUAUAUGCGGACAAACCGGAAGUUUUUAAUCGUUACGUUAAUGAAACCUGUGAACUAUAUAAAUCGUAUCAAAAUGGAGCGGCUAUACAGGAUAAAACAGAAUCAGAUGAUGAACUGAGCAAUAAAGCAUUGCAAGCUGAAGCACAAAAAUUACAACAGUCCGAGCUCCAAAAAGAAGAAAAUAUAGAAACCGAUAAAAUCUUGCCUGAAGAUCCACAAACAGAUGAAGUUGCGUCAAACCUUAAAGAACAAUAAGGUGUACUGAUGGAGAAUUAUCACACACUUACUACCUGCAAUCAGUUUUAAUUUUUUAGUCGAUAUGUUUUAGUCAAUAUAUAACACAUAGUAUUAGCCAAAAUAUUGCAAUUAAAAUAUUAAAUGUGCUCAUCCCAAAACUGUUACUUCAGUUCUACUUUUGAUUAAACUCACCAAUAAUAGUAAAAGUAUUGAAA